AUGGACACCCCGACGGCGGCCUCUCCCCGGCAUCGUGACAGGGUGCCGGCCUUCUCAAACAGACGGGAAGGGCGGUCGGAUGAAACGUGGGAACCCGGAGAGAUGUGGACGGUCGAGGCCGGUUCGCCCUUGGCUCCCUACGUGUCGGUGCACGACGGGAUCGAAGGAGAGGAGAAAAACGAAACAGACGAGGAGGAAAAUAAAGGAACGAGUGAGGGGUUUGUCUGA